GAAGCUCUAGGAGUGAUACACCUAAGUUCUUUUCAAUUUUGUCUCACCAGUCUUUUCUUCAUAAUGCUUCCCACACUUCAAUUCAGUUUGUCCAAUCCUUGAGUUGAUUCCCUCCCCAUAUUUUAUGCUUUCCUUCACCACAAAUAAAUAUAUUUUCAGUAACUGUUUGAUCAACUUCUCUCUGUUAUAUAUAUACUUUCAAUUUAUGUCUACUUUCAGAGUGCAGCGCCGUUGAUCCUUUCUCCUCUCUCAUCUUGUUCUUUCUAGCCAGUUAGAGUGCAUUGCUCUUUUUUCUACUAUAUGUUGUGUGGAGAAAAUGGAUGAGCGUCCGCAGAAACAAGCCAAGAUCUUAAAAUCCACCUCGGAAGAAGUAAGCAGUAUCGAGUGGGAAUUCAUAAAGAUGACUGAACAAGAGGAAGAUCUUGUAUACAGAAUUUACAGAUUGGUUGGAGACAGAUUGGCUUCUAUAACUUGCAUAGACGUGGUCCUGUUUGUCUCUGUGGCCCUGCUCGGGUGCUUGCGUGAGAGAAAGAGAUCCUGAAGAAAGAGAGAGCCCGGAAGAUCAGGGCGUGCCGUUUGAUCCGGAGUGCAGUGCAGAGGCGAGUAGAUGAAAACGUGAAGCUCGGGAAUAAUUGCAUUGCAGCACGCCGCUAGGCAACACGAUUUGACGGACUCAAUGGAGUAAUUUUCAGCCAACGUGCUGUACUUUCUUUGGAGUUUGUUUUAUAUGGAAAGAUCAGACAAUGAUCAGUUUUUCUUGGGGGUCUAGACAAACAUUACUCCUCGAAAAAGAACAGGUCCUCGGGCAAUGCACAUUUUUUACAAUAUUGUUAAUCAUGGGAGAAACUAGAAACUGGAUAUACAGAAGUGCACUCGUGCUCAUAUUUUAAUUCCUAAUGCUUAAAUCCUCCCCCCACCCCUUUUUAAUUUUUUGGUUGAUCAAUUUCUAAGGAGAGAGAGGAUCAAUUUACGAGGCAUUCUACCUUUAUUCUGCAUAUAAGCUAAGGACAUUCAUCAGCUUUAUGCAUUAUUGUAUGUCAACCUGCGGAAAUUCUGGAUUUGUCCCAAACAUGUAUUUAUCUCUUUUCUGUUCCCCUUAUCUCCCUACAUGUAUAUUUCUCUUCAUAAUCAAUGUCUGCUUGACCAAACUCCCACUGAUUUACCUGUACUUACUGCUGAGACAUAGACCCAUCGAAUUCCAAAUUUAUCAGA